AUGGCGCACACCGGCGCACUUCCCAAGAUCCACCGGUAUAUCACGGCCCACAAUGAUCAAGGCGAGGCGGUCUUCAGCAACAAGUUCGACGAGGAAAGCAAGAUGAAACCCAAUGAAGACGGCAUCGCCUUCGCCCUCAGCUACGCCACAAAGGGUUUCCCCGUCAGCAUGGACAACGACGAGGACCUGAAUGUCUAUGAGAAGUACUUGAAUAAUGCACCAGGCUUGGUGGUAUCAGGAGGUACCGUUCUUCGGCAUGUGGAUAUUCCUCCCAAUACAGCUUGCACGAUGCACAGGACUGUGAGCUUGGACUACGGCGCGGUUCUUGAGGGCGAGGUCGAGUUGUUGUUGGACAGCGGCGAAAAGCGCAUCAUGAGGAGGGGUGAUGUUGCGAUACAGCGAGGGACUAUGCAUCAGUGGAUCAAUCAUAGCAAGACUGAGUGGACGCGGAUGCUGUUUGUGCUGCAGGAGAGCAAGCCAUUGACGGUCGCGGGCAAAACGUUCGGGGAGGAGCUGGCGGGAAUGGCAGGCGUGAGGCCAUCGGACUGA